CAGCCGCAAGUCACUCUUUUUCUUCGAUGGAUCCGAACUGCCGGACGACGACUUCAGAGGGCCUAUUUUUCAUUUUCUCUUCCGGUGAUGCAGCAGCACCAGAACCUGCACCGGCGGCACGGUGCUUCUUUCGCUUGUCUUUUGCCGCACCGGUGGUUCAUAGCUUUUAUGGAAGAAUGGGAAUUCAGCUUAUAUAUUGCACAUCUAGAGAGCAUGUUUUUUUGGCUUCCUUUCUCAGAUCCUCUUACGAGGGUGUUAGUGAUGGGGGCGAAGGUCACUUGGAACCAAUUAUAGGGUUGUCUGGGCUAUAACAUGGAUAUAUGGACACUGAUUGCAAGUGCAAUAGGAUCCAAAAACGAAAGCGAAAGUCAACAUCCUUGCAGUCAUGCUCUACCAAAAAGAGGGCUGAGUUGAUAAAUGAUGGCAAAGAAGGUCUGAACAAUAAGGCGUUAAAUUUGGUGGGUGUUUGUGAUGGUGAAGUGAGGCCUGAUGAAUUCAAACAAGGAGAUGAAGAAAGUGAUCUUGUGGGCAUUCCUAUGCCAAUCCCUGGCCAUUCUGAUCAUCAAGGAAGUGUUACAUUUGUUCUUGAGGAGGCGUCAUUAACACUUGCUUAUAUUGGCAAGAGGUACCAGAUACUUUCUUCUGAUGAGCAUGCUGAUUAUUUGCGGAAAAAGAAGUUGAAUCCUUACGACUAUUGGCCUGACAUAGUUCACGAGGCACUUCUUCAAAUUAUGGAUAGUCGACUUCGUAUGGCUGGUCGGUUGAGUGCAGUAUACAUCAAGACAAAUGGGGGAGUUUUGAUCAAAGUAGAACCAUUUGCUCAGAUUCCGAGGACUUUGGCAAGUUUCUGUAACAUGAUGGCUGAAUUGCUUCAAAAGCUCAGCAUCAAAGCAAAGGGCAAGGGUAUAAAGCUUGCGCCUGGUGGACAAUCCAGUGACGAAGCAUUUACCUUUCAACUCAUACAAAAUAGGUCUUUCAUUCAGCUCAGAGAAAGCAGUUCAACUGCGGGAUUAUAUUAAGGGAAUCCGUAGCAAUAGUGAUGUGGUGUUUGUGGUUGGUGCAAUGGCUCAUGGUAAAAUUAAAUGUGAUUACAUCGAAGACCUUGUAUCAGUGUCUCCCCAUCACUUGAGUUCAGGGAUUUGUUUGAGACGUAUUAGUACUGCCUUAGAGAGGAUGUGGAGCAUUUUAUGAAGCGCGCCGAAGCGGCAUCUCUUUUCUGUUCCAUCGAGCACACUACUGGUUUAUCAUUAUAUACCUUAACACUUUAUUUAUGGGUUUUUGUUGACCUAAAAGGGUGGAGGUUAUUACAUGAAUUUUGUAAUGAGCCUAGAGCAGAGUUAAUUGUUGCCCUCACAUGCUGACGUGAAACAACUUAUUGAGCACAUAUGUGAUAAAUUUCGCUCUGUUAAUUGACUAGAAUAAAUUGUUUUUUUUGCU